CGUCUCAGUCUGACGACUUGGCGUGGCGAGCGAGCUCGGGCACAAUACCUCCCUCCAGCCCAAACUUUAACGAGAGAAGUUUUGAUGACCGAGGGCUGCUGAGAAAAGUGAAGAGAGGUAAAGAGUGAGGGUAGCCCUCUGGAAGCGUCAUCGGAACGCACCGGAAGCGGCCCGAGGAUGACGAGUGUGAUCUACCAUGCCUUUUCUCAGAAAGAGGCCAAAGAGCUCGAUGUUCAGCUCCCGGGAGCCCAGCAGGCCGAGGCCUUCGUGAGGGCCUUCCUGAAGCGCAGCACGCCCCACAUGAGCCAGCAAGCCCGCGAGGACCAGCUGCAACGCAAGGCUGUGGUCCUGGAGUACGCCACUCGCCGGAAGCGCAAGGAGAAGAGAAAGAAAUCCAAGGGCCUCUCUGCCAGGCAGAGGAGGGAGCUGCACCUCUUCGACAUUAAGCCAGAGCAGCAGAGAUACAGCCUUUUUCUCCCUCUGCAUGAACUCUGGAAGCAGUACAUCCGGGACCUGUGCGGUGGUCUCAAGCCAGACACGCAGCCGCACAUGAUUCAGACCAAGCUGUUGAAGGCAGAUCUUCACGGGGCUCUCGUUUCAGUCACAAAGUCCAAAUGCCCAUCCUAUGUGGGUGUUACAGGAAUCCUCCUACAGGAAACAAAGCACGUUUUCAAAAUCCUCACCAAAGAAGACCGCCUGAAAGUCAUCCCCAAGCUAAACUGUGUGUUCACAGUGGAAAUCGAUGGCUUCAUAUCCUACAUUUAUGGAAGCAAAUUCCAGCUUCGGUCAAGUGAACGAUCUGCCAAGAAAUUCAAAGCGAAGGGAACAGCUGACCUGUAGUUCUCUGCUGCGGAGACGGCUGUUUGGGACCCCCAGGACCAGGGACACCUGCGUGCCCACCUUUCAGCGGAGACACGGCUGGGCUGGUUCUGCUUCUAGAUCACCCCCAGCCCAUUAACACCGGAGUUAAGAACAGUUCGUCAUCUGGGAAGAAAUGCGCCUUACUGAGCAAAGUGAGGGAACGGAGGGGUGUCUUUCUAGGUGACGACGGGUGAGCAUUGCUCCCACUGAGGAAGUUGCCACCUUCCCCGUGAAGUGGCUUGUUCUUCCGCCCAUCCGAGUGUGCCACGCCGGGCACAGCCUGGUGCUAUGGUUCCCUAAUCCAGCUGCUACUGCCCACCCCCCUGUAGGGAAAUGGUGGCCAACGUGUAAAUAUACAACCUCUUCCAGAACCAUUGGUGCCACUUGGCUUGUGAAAUGUUUUUCAUGGCUCAGACUCAAGUUUCUCUGUGAAUGGCUGUUUCAUUAGUAGCCUUCUCUCCCCACUUCCGCGAGGACACUUGACAAGAACACUCACCUGCCAUGAAGCUGCCACUGUGCCCGCCUGUUUCCAGGAUGCCCUGUUGUCCCCACAGCCCACCUGGGGUCACUGGGUCCUGUGCCCUAAGGACUGUGCCCCUGAGGGCCCAGGCCAGGCGGGACACUGGCUCUUGGUGAGCAUCCUAAUGAGGCCACACCAGCUGCUCCCCAGAACCAGGCUGAGGCCUCCGACGGUGGACCAGGGCUGGCCACGUCCCCACAGCUGUGGCUCAGGGCCGGUUGUGGAGGGUGCUGAGGUAGCCUGCAGUCCGGGCUCCUACCUCCACUGCCCCAAUAGAGCUGUGGCCUUGGAGGUGUAAACCCCUGGGAUGGGGCAAGGUGCGGAAUCCUGCUGACCCAUUCGUCCAGUCCUGACAUGCUUGGGGGCCUCCGUGUCACCAGCUGGCAAGUGGGGCCAUGAGACCAGAUGAGGGUUUCCUGAAGGGGGAUCCUGGGACUUCCAGCACCUGCAGUAGCGUCACCAGGACACCCGUUUGAAGCAGCCAGCUCCUGGGCUGCCGUCAGACUCCAGGGGCCUAGACGACUUCGUGGGUCUCUCAGACCCCAGCUGGCUCCUCCGGUCACUGAAGUGUGAGGAUCGUGGAUCCCAGAUGGUGGUGCAAGUGUCUUCCAGCUCUGACAUCUGGACUGUGAUUUAAGAUUUGGGACUCUCAGGAUGGGGUUUUCCGGAUGCUGGAAAUCCUGGAAAAGAUUGUCAGUGACAGAUUUCUCAGGUUCUGAAGAGUAAACAUGAACGUUCCCCCCAAAAGCCAUAAAUUAUGGUAAAAAGCUGUCUUUCUGGACAAUGGCUUCCAUUUUAAUUUAGUUUGCAUUUCUUAGCUAUAAUGUCUAAUUAAGACAUCUGUUAAAUGUCUAUAAUAUUAAUUUGAUGGGGGGUUCUAAUAGAACUGUAUUGGAAUUGUCCAUUUAAUUAACCUCGUGGGCCUUUAAUGGAUGUCUUAAAUAGACAUCAUUAACAAGAGUGCUAGACAAAUUAAAAUUAGAGUCAAUAACAUUCUUGGUAAUUU